AUGGUCUCAUUCAAAUCCCUCGGUGUCGCUCUUAUCUACGCCCUACCCCUAGCCACCCAAGUGGCAUCCACUGCUCUUCCCAACGAGAACGCAGAAACCACCAUCGAAACCCCCGAGCUUGACAAGCGGGCUUGCCUUGGAGGGAGCCUUCUUGCCUGCCAGCAGUCUAAAUCGGCGGCUUGCACGGGCCAAUGCGCUGUGGGAAGACCGCGUCGUCAGUUGACCUGCUUGCAUUCCUGCCUUGGCAAUGCCGCGAAGUCUUGCGGAGACGAAUGUAAAUGA